AUGGCCAACUCGACCGAUGGUGAUCGUCCUGUCGGUGCACACCAUGAACAAACAAACGAAGAGGACGACAAAAACAACGAAACGUUGAAAAACAUAGAUAGUAAAAGUACAUCCAGAACAACAUUGUUACUGGGUGAUGAUCAACCUCAAUAUUCAAUAUCAACAUCAUCUUCCGAUAGCAUCGAAAGUACCAAUAACAACAUCAUUACAGAACAACAAGAGCUUGAACAACCAUCAUCACUCCGUAAUGAUGUAGUCAUAUUGCCUGUUAUUGCGACAUUAAACCCCGCUCAACAUGCUGCUGUCGGAGGAAAGCAACCAACAUUUUCAACGAUGAACAACAACAACAAUACUCAUCACCAGCGAUCCAUACACUCAACAACUUCAUCAUCCUCUUCAAAUCAUCUCGCUUUGGAUGCUGAAUGUGAUGGAACAUCAAGUAUUAGUGGUUACUCGAUGGCUGCAGGAACAAACAACAACCGAGCUGAGGAAGAUAUAAUUUCUGCGACCAGUGAUGAAACAAUUCCGAAUGGAACACUACUGAUAGAUGAUAUUGUUUUUUCAUCCAUGCAGACAACAACUCCCUCUUCUGUUGUUAAUAAUAACAAUGACCUCCUACUAGAUAUUCAUACUAAUUCUACACCACCAGCAAACCCCAACAAUGCCUCUUUGCAAGUUGAUCAGUCUUAUCAUUCUUUAUCUGGAUGCUCUUCUCCCAACACAACAACCAUACCUGAAAUUAAACCACCACCAACCUUACCAUCGAUCAAAGUCACUCACGACGACAAUAGGGAGUACAAAACUCCAAAUACGACAAAUAUAUCACCAGAGAAUGACUCCAAAAAAUCGAGAAUAGUGUCACAUCGUCGAGGGAGUAAUACUUCAACAGAAAUUAGCAUAAAAUCGAAUAUAUCAGAAGAAAAAAAUCGUAAAAGGAAGGAAGCCUUGACAGCUGUUCACAGAAAUUCGUACAGCCUGUCUGAGCACAUUAAGGCUCCACGUACUGGAGAAGAACAUAGAAAUCAUAUGAAUCUUUCUCCUAGAUCAAAAGACUACGCACUUGUUAGAUUUACUGAAGAUAAUAUUGACACAAAAGAUGUGAAUUUAUCUGCCAGACUAACUUCACCCAAAAUUUCCGAGUCAGGUGGUAACAACUUUUUAUACUCUUCUCCUGCUUUGAUCAAUUUAGGAACCAAUGUGUUACUCUCUGUAAAGAAUUCAAAUAGUACUGAGAAAUCUGACAGUAAUCUCAAAAACGAUUGCCUCGUCAUGAAGCUUCCUGAUUUGGUUUUACUUCAUAUUUUUACCUUUCUAGGAAUUCAAUAUGUCGAGGACAAUAAUUACAACUUAGUUUGCAAGAGAUGGUACAUGACUCUUUGCAUGGAUUGCCUUUGGAGAGAGCGAUAUUUAACAUUUUUUAACUCAAAACAUAUUCAAAACAACUCCAUGUUGUUGUCAUAUUCUCACGAUUUUGAUUUUCCUCAACGUAACAAAUUCCGUUUCCACUUAAUACGUCUCAGAAAAAAGAAAUACUUUCUGAAGCAACGAAUACUAUUACAGAAUAGACAUGAAAAUUCGAGAAAAUAUCUUUUAUUUAAUUCACUUGUGCUCAAUCCACUAGUGGCCAUAGUUUGCUUUAUGAUUUCUACAAUUACAUUUGGAUUGCAAGAAGAUGGAGUUAUUGCCAAAAACGAUAAGAACACCCUAUUAUUCGUUUUCUUACCAUUUUUCGCUUCUUUUUUAUUCUCAAUUGUUGGAAAUAUUUCAUUGGGUUUGCGAGAGACCAUAUUCUGCAAACAUGGAUUUUAUGAUGCUUCACACUUUAUUCAUUUUGUUGCAAUUGUUUUAGGGCAGUACACAUUCUAUUUUUGCGCCUUUCUAUUCGGUCUCAAAUGGUUUUGGUUCAAGACUUCUCUUUGGACAUCAUUUUCAAUACCUUGUCUAUGUGUUUAUACAUUAUUUGUUGGCUUUUGCUUUGCAUAUAUUUUGCAUAAAUAUGUGCGAAGGAGGUUACAAUUUGCAGAUAUGUUAAAAGAACGACCUAGUUUGAAAGUGAAUACACCAGAUUAUUUCUAUUUUGCUUACAAGAUCCGUGCGCAUAAGAGAAGAGAGUUCUAUUCAAAAGCAAAAUAUAUUUCGCAGCCAUAUGACGAAGACUUUAUUGAAUUUUCAGAAGAUGAGGCAUCUAAUGGUACUGAAACUGAAGAAGAUGAUGACGGUGACUAUGAAGAUACCUUUGACGAUUCCACUGCUUUCGAUGAUGAAACAGAGUCAGCAUCCAAAUGUACAAGAACUGACGAAAUGGUCUCAACACCAAAAGCCAGAGAAAGAAAAAAGGAAGCGCCUAAAAUUACAGUGUUUCAAGAAUUUGAAAAUCAAGCUCAUAAGCAACACAUUACAGACAUUUCUACACUUACCAUUCUGACAUUUAUUUUCGUCAUAUUAGUGAUGAUUGGAGUACAAAUGCUUCUCAUACCCUUAAAAAUAGAUGGCAUCAUUUCAGAGCCUUGGAGAACUGUAUUCACACCAUGUUGGCUGAUCAUGUUCAUUUUGAUUUGUGGAUUACCUGCAUGGAUUACCUGGGAAAUUGCAACAAAAACCAAUCUGGAUAAGAAAACCAUUAGUGUCUCUGUGGAUGUGAUUAGUGACGAAUCUGGUAAAAAAUCAAAGAUGAAGUAUGAGCCAGAUCAACAGCAACAUUAUGCCUUCUUUACCUUUGGAGCAUGUCCACUGUGUAUCACCAUUCCAUUAUUGAUAUCCUUAAUUGUUUUGGUUUCUACUUUGGAUGGAGCUAACAUUCCCUUUGUUGUAUCUGCUUCACUCUUUGCAUUUUGGGAGUUUGUUUUUGGUGGCCUCUAUUUAAUGAUCGUGACUCCCUAUACUCUUGCUAGAAACGUUUGGGAUGUGUAA